CUUUUCUACUAUAUCUCAACCAAAAAAAAAAAAAAACACAACCACCUCCACAAAAUGUCACUCCCCUUCCCCCUCCUCCUCCUCUUCCUGCAACUCACCCACGCCUCAAACUUCACAGCCACCUUCUUCUUCGGCGACUCAACCCUCGACACCGGCAACAACAACUUCAUCUCCACCUCCUUCAACGGCAACCACGCCCCCUACGGCGUCAACUUCCCCGUCAACCAAACCUGCACCGGACGCUUCUCUGACGCUCUCCUCGUCCCCGACCUCCUCACCUCCUCUCUAAAUCUCACGCUCUCACCUCCUUACCUUAACCCUCAAUUACCACCCGACGAGAUCUUGACGGGUGUCAAUUUUGCAUCAGCUGGCUCGGGCUACGACGAGCUAACGUCGAACUUGUCGAGCACUCUGUCGAUGUCGGGGCAGCUGAGCAUGUUUCAGGAGUAUCUGGGGAGGUUGAAGGAGAUGGCGGGCGAGGAGGAGGGGAGGAGGAUUGUGGAGGGUGCUUUGUUUGUAUUUUCUGCUGGGGGUAAUGAUGUAAUUUUCAAUUACUACGUGCUGGGGAUUAGGAGUGUUGAGUAUGAUAUGAGUGGGUAUCAAGAUUUCUUGCAUGGGAUCUUGAUGGAUGCUCUUAAGAGUGUUUACAGUCAUGGAGGUAGAAGAUUCAUAGUAGCUGGGCUUCCUCCCAUCGGUUGCCUUCCCUUUCAGAUCACCGCCAGCAAGAACGCAAUUCGUCGCACAUGCGUCGACCACCAAAUCUCAGACACCAUUGCCUACAACUCCAAGCUCAAAAAGCUCUUGCCUCAGCUUCAGGAAUCUCUCCCUGGGAGCAAGAUUGCUUAUUUGGACAUAACUGACAAUGUGCUUGAGAUCAUCAACAAUCCAAAGAAAUAUGGUUUUGAGGAGGCCAAAAGGGGAUGUUGUGGAUCAGGGCUCAUGGAGGUAGGACCUUUGUGCAACAUAAUGUCUCCAGUAUGCAAAAAUGUGUCCUCCUUUGUAUUUUUUGAUGCCAUUCACCCAUCUGAGAGAAUUUACAGGUUUGUGACGGACCACAUUAUGAACAAUGUUAUACCACAGUUGUAUUGAUCAGCAUUAUUAAACAUGAAUGGCUCUAUAAAGCUCUUGAUUAUAUACAAUUCACACUA